UGACUACAUCUAAUCAUCAUCUCAAACCCUAAAUUUUAUUUCACCCCCAAUCUUCUUCCCAAAAUCCCCACUUAAAGUUUCUCUCUCUGCGAAUCAAAUCUCUCUCUCUCUCUCUCUCCAUUCUUCGUCGUCAUGGCUACGAUUAUCUCCUGCUCCAUUCCAUCGACGAUCCGAGCAUCAUCCGGACCCGGAUCCUCCAGAAAACCGGACCCAAACCGCAAGAAACCAGCUUCCUCAGUUUCUUGGUGGGCACCCCUCUUCGGCUGGUCCUCCGAUCCCGAUUACGUCAACUCUGACAGCUCUCUGACGAGUAGGGAGUCGAUUCCGGACAAGAUUGAGAACUCCGAGUCGGGUCAGGAUCCGGGUCGAUCCGUUCAGAGAUCCACGCUCGGGUGCUUCACGGAGGAGAAGGCUAAGCAGCUGCGGAGGAAGAUCGCCGAGGGAUCGGCGUUUCACGACGUAAUGUACCAUUCCGCGAUUGCGUCGCGGCUAGCGUCUGACCUCUCUGGUCGGGUCGAGAAGUAAACGGGUCGGCCCGAGAUCCGUACGGACCAACGAAUAACAUAAAUUAGUUCGUUGAAAUGUACUUUUUUUUUCGGUAUUUCCUGUAUGUUUCUGUGCGGUGAAGAACAGCUGCUUUCGGUGUUGCUUUUUUAUCAGAACCGUUGGAUCGCGCUUGAUGUUGUAUCUUGUAAACCGGUGGAAUCGUAUAAUAUCUCUGGUGUCAAUAAUGUCUCUGUCUAAUACAUAUGGGCUUCUUCUCCCUGAA